CAUAAUCUUGUGGCCAAUCUAGCCAUUUUUCCACAGAGAGAGAAAGAGAAAGAGGGGAGAAAUUGACAGCAAGUUGUGGAGAAAGGAUUGCUUUUGCUUUUUCCCAUUUGUUUCUUGGAAGAAAGUCUUUGGGUGGGAGUUGGAAAAAGAAAAAAAAAAUUCCAUUAAGCUGAGUCUAAUCUGUGUUGAAGAUCCUGAUGUGCUUCAAGAUUUAGUAAAGUUUCAAUCUUUACUUUCUAUAAUCAGUUACAGGCAGGAGAAUUAAUUUGGCCUUUGUGUUGCUCAUGCUAACAGUGUUGACAAUUGAUGGGUGGAUUUGAUGAUCAUGUUGCCAUUAUGGGAGAUUGGAUGCCUCCAAGCCCAAGUCCAAGAACCUUUUUCUCUUCACUGCUAGGUGAUGAUGUUGGGUCAAGAUCAACAUUUGAGGGAACCAAUGAAGCUAAACGUGGAAAUUCAGCUUCUGGGCCUCAAGAACAUGUUGGCAAUUCUGAUGGAAAUGAUGGAGCACAAGCUGCAAUCAGUGAACAACAACCUGUGAAGUUGAGUGCACUGUCUGACCAGAAAAUGAGCUCUCACAGAGGAGGACUCUUGGAAAGAAUGGCAGCUAGAGCUGGAUUUAAUGCCCCAAAGCUGAACACCGAGAGCCUUAGACCUGCUGAUCUGAGGCAGAAUCAAGGAGUUCGGUCUCCUUAUUUAACUAUUCCUCCUGGUCUUAGUCCAACAACCCUGCUAGAGUCUCCUGUUUUCCUCUCAAAUUCACUGGUGCAACCAUCCCCAACAACUGGAAAAUUUCCAUUUUCCUCAGGCAUCGAGAGUCGAAACUCGGCAUUGAUGAUGGAGGAUCCAGAUAAGAGGAAAGAGAAUGCUUUAGAGAGUAUGAAUUCAUCGUCCUUUUCUUUCAAGCCAGUUCCAGAGACUGCUCCAUCUCUUUUUCCUGGCACGACCAGCAGAUCUUGGUUGCAGGUGAACCCGUCCAAUUUUUCUCAGCAAGGAUUCCCAAACAUUGAAGUUUCAGUUCAUUCACAGAACUCACUUCUAUCUCACCGUGUGGAAGCUACACAAAAUCCGACUCAGAAUGGAACACUUCAUCAAGCAUCUGAUUUCCCUAGAUUUUCUGCUGAGAAGGAUGUCAUGGGUAGUAAUGUUACACCAGAGUCGAGGACCUUUCAGACAGUUGGUAGUACUGUGGAGCAUUCUCCACCUCUCGAUGAACCACAAGAUGAGGACAUUGAUCAAAGAGGAGGUGGAGAUCCAAAUGUUGUUGGUGCCCCAGCUGAAGAUGGUUAUAAUUGGCGAAAAUACGGUCAGAAACAAGUUAAAGGAAGCGAGUAUCCCCGAAGUUAUUAUAAGUGCACACAUCCAAACUGUCCAGUCAAGAAGAAAGUGGAGCGAUCUCAGGAGGGCCAUAUUACUGAGAUUAUAUACAAGGGAGCCCACAAUCACCCAAAACCACCACCUAACCGUAGAUCAGCCCUUGGAUCUACAAAUUCACUUGGUGACCUACAGCUGGACGGUGCAGAACAAGGUUCAAGUGGUGUUAAUGUUGAUCUGGGUCGUUCAAACAUCCAGAAAGCUCCUAGUGCUGGAGGAGGUUUUGAUUGGAGGAACAACAAUCUUGAUGCAACAUCAUCAGCGAACUUGGGCUCCGAGUACUGCAACAGAUCUGCCGCUUUCUCUGCUCAGAAUAACACUCAGUUGGAAUCAGGGGAUGCAGUAGAUGUGUCAUCGACUUUUUCAAAUGAUGAAGAUGAAGAUGAUCGUGGAACUCAUGGCAGUGUAUCACAAGGUUAUGAUGGUGAAGGAGAUGAGUCCGACUCUAAAAGACGGAAGCUCGAGACUUACUCUGCAGAUAUGACUGGUGCCACUAGAGCCAUCAGGGAGCCAAGAGUUGUGGUUCAAACUACAAGCGAAGUGGACAUCCUUGAUGAUGGAUACCGCUGGCGCAAGUACGGGCAAAAGGUUGUUAAAGGGAAUCCAAAUCCAAGGAGUUACUACAAGUGCACAAGUGCUGGCUGCAAUGUCAGGAAGCAUGUUGAGAGGGCCUCACAUGACCUGAAAUCGGUGAUUACCACCUAUGAAGGGAAGCACAACCACGAUGUUCCUGCAGCUCGCAACAGUAGUCAUGUUAAUUCAGGGGCCUCCAACACUCAUCUAACUCCAGUAACUGCCCCUGCUCAAAACCAUUUACAUAGGCCCGAGCCUGCACAACUUCAGAAUGCCAUGGCGCUGUUUGACAGGCAACCUUCACUGGGCUCAUUUGGUCUGUCAGGGAGGCCCCAGCUUGGACAUACCCCAGGAUUUAGCUAUGGAAUGAACCAGCAAGGUGGCCUAUCCAGUCUGGCAAUGGCUGGAUUUCACCCCAAUCAAAACAAGUCAGGGGAGGUUCCUAUUCAUCCAUAUCUGGGACAGCCGCGACCCAUGCAUGAUAUGGGAUUUAUGUUCCCAAAGGAAGAACCGAAGGUGGAACCUAUGUCGGAUCCUGGAUUGAACCUCUCCAAUGGCUCAUCGGUUUAUCAGCAAUUUAUGAACAGGUUGCCGCUUGGACCUCAGAUGUAAAUUCACAGUUUUUGCCUUCUCUAAAGAAAGGAAAGUUAGAGAUGCUUAUUUUGGUAUUUAAUGGGCAUACCUCUACACAAAGUCCUAUAAUUCAAUUUUUUGAAGCUAUAUUUUGUCGUCGUUUUUCCUUCUAAAUACCAUAUAUGCAGCCAUUUAUUUGGUGUUUGUGCUUCUGCUUCUUGCUAUACUGACAACAAUUUCAGGUUGUAA